AUGGGCAACUUUCCCAAGCUUCCCGACGGAACCGAGCUUCCGGUGGGUUCCCACAAAGUAACCAUAGUUAAGUACUUGCUGGAAGGAGGAUUUGCCCAUAUCUACAAGGUGGAGAUAGAUCCUCCAGAAGAAGAUUCCAAUAUUGCCUGUUUGAAGCGAGUGAUUGUACCCGACAAGAAUGGGCUCAAUUUGCUUAGAAAAGAGGUUGAUGUCAUGAAGACGUUACGUCAUGGUAGAAAUAUCGUCAAGUACUACGAUUCGCAUGCCGAAAGAUUAGACAAUGGAACUUACCAAGUUCUAGUUUUGAUGGAAUUGUGUCCCAACAAGUCAUUGCUUGACUAUAUGAAUGCUCAUAUCAAGACGAAAUUGCUGGAAAGUCAGAUUCUCACCAUCAUGAACGAUAUAGCUCUAGGUCUAUAUGAGAUGCACAGACUCAAGCUCAUCCACAGGGACAUCAAAAUCGAAAAUGUGCUUAUAGAUCUGAAACAUGCCUUCAAGCUUUGUGAUUUCGGUCUGACCUCAUCUCCAAUAAUGCCUCCGAAAGAUCAGAUCCAGUUUCAAGCGUUGAGCCAUGACAUCUUGUACCAGACAACACCGCAGUAUCGUGCUCCAGAAAUGUUAGACUUAUAUAGAGGCUUCCCCAUCGACGAGAAGGCCGACAUCUGGGCCCUCGGCUGCUUCUUGUAUAAGUUGUGCUACUAUACGACUCCGUUUGAAGCCAAUGGAGACAUUGCUAUUUUGCAUGCUUCGUUCCAGUUCCCCCUGCUUCCGGCAUAUUCCGGAGACUUGAAGAACUUGAUAAUCAUCAUGCUCCAGGAAAAUCCAUUAUUCCGACCCAACGUAGUCCAGGUGCUCAUGCUUGUUUCGAAAAUGAAAGACACUGACUUUUCUCUGUUGAACAUAGAAGACAUCUACAAUGCUGGAGGCUACAACUUCCAUGCUCUUCAUGACUAUCAGCGCCAUAAGCAGAACGAACUUCUUCAAAGACAGCAGUUGUACUACCAACAGCAGCUGUUAGCUGCUAGCGUCUCUCACAACGCUUCGAUGGCAAGCUUGCCUACUGUCUCUGAUCUGCUUAAGGUGCCUCAAGUGUCCAAAGUCAUAUCUAAUCUGUCUUCUCAUAGUGCUGGACCUGCUUCUGAGUCUGUAACCCCACAAAGAUCACAUCUGAGAUCUGAAACUUCCAAUAUGAAGUCUGAUGGUUCUUUGAGAGCUGAGGGCCCACUCAUUAAGGUUGAUAAUUCAUCUGUUGACUUGAGUAACAUCGAUAACUUGGACAAUGCAGAAGAACGUUAUCCAACACUAGACUCACUUCUUAACGAAACUGAUACGGCUCCAACAGUAGAAGCAGUAAAGGAAUUUGAACCUAAUCCUGUUCCUUCGGCACAUCUUCAUGUACAUCCACCACAGCAGCCAAAAUUGAAGGCUGAAAGUGAGGAAGAUGUUUCAAUUCCUGAGCCUCCAUUGGGCAAAAGAGCCAGCAUUGAGAAACCGAACACCUUUGAAAAUGACACAGAUAUUUAUGUCUCUUCAGCCAAACCCAUGGUGUCGUCGAUUUCUCAAUCGACAAAUCCUUUCCCUACUGUGGAGAAUCCGGUAGUGGAGAUCAGUAAAUCAGAUAUGGAUAUAGUUUCUUCCGGGGAGUCUAAAAAGGAUUCCAAUCCAUGGGGAGAAUUCCGGUCCAAUGUACCAAGAAAGGAACCUUCAGAAAACUCUCAUAUGGAUUAUUCUGUUCCAGUAGCUAUGAACAACGAGAUGUCAUUGCCAUUACCAACAGAAGAUAUCAGCACCAGCUUGUUAAAUCCAGCAGAAGAGUUCGCAGAAGCAAACUUAAUAGACCUAGAUGUGGGCUUGGAUUCGUCAAGUUCGUCUGUGGCUACGCCAAUACUAUUGCCCAAAACUAGAAUCAAUAACAAUAAUAAAGAUAUCUACAAGUUAGAAACGGAAAUGUCACUCUUGGACCUUGAAAUUGAGGAGGAUACAGUGAACCUCCCCAUUGCGCCUGGUGGCUCUAGCCAUCAACCACCAUUCAAAAAGAGGGUGUCAUCGGGAGUUCCCAGCGGAUCCAAAUUCAAUUUCCAGGAAGAAGUGAUUGACUUUGCUUCUGACGACGAAAAUCCAGAAAACGGAUCCAAGAUGAAUAGAAUUUCAAUUCGUAAAUCACUUAAGAAGCCCAAGUCGCGAAAGUCUGGAGAACACAAAAGAACAGAUAGUUCUGCUAGCGAAGGAAAGAAGCGGUUGUCAUUUUUCGGAGGAUCUUUGAGUGGGUAG